CCUAACUGGAGGAAUCUAAUUGCAACUACCGCCAAGCCCAGCCCAGCCCAUCAUAUACAGUCUGGAGUCUGGACUUCAAAUUGCCUUCCACGAAAGAGUUCCUUGGAAGCUCCAGGACAAGCAGCGGCGGCAGCAGCAGUCCCGCCUGACCCAGCUGGAUCAUUGUACGCUCGGCUACACCCUGGUGCGUUUUUUCUUUGCAGGAGACAGGAGCCUCACCGAGAGCUCCGCACACCGGUUCCCAAGCUGUCUCUUCGGCUGCUUCCCGCGUUUAUUAUGGACAAUGAAGAGGACGAUGAUGGGAACUUCACCAAGUGGAUGAGCAGCUACUGGGGGCACGGGGUAGGGGACGAGCAUGCCAAAGAUAGGAAGAGAAGUUUUAGGAGGCCUUCACGCUACAAAGCUGACCGCCGUGCCUCUUUGCCCUGCAUGUCUCAGCUAGAAGCAAUGCAGGUGAAUCAUCACCAUGCUAGCACCAUGGCCCCUGGCCCUGCCCACCUAAAGGGCCGUGAGGAGAAGGAGGUGCACUCUCAUCCUCGUGCCCGCCGUGUAUCUUCAGACGAAAACAGCCGAACCAAAGCGGUGGGACCUGAAUGUCACAUCAGCACCAUUCCAGAGCUCACUGAGUGCUUAGAGAAGAGGCUACGUCUCAAUAACCAGAAGGGUAAUGCAGAUAGCAUAUGUCUUAUUUGCCAUGAAGGACUACGGAAUGGAAGGGGUGGCGUCCAAGAACUUCACUGUGGCCAUCAUUUUCACAAAGAGGCAAAAUGGCCGGAGCCCAGCGCACGUCCACGUAGUGGGAGUUCUGCACCUGCUUGUGAGCGAGGAAAGGAGAUGCCUUUCUGCCCUGGACAAGAGGAAUAUAGCUUACCCCGUCGCCAACUCUCUUUACGUAGACAACGUUGAUUGUUUUUUGUUUAAAAUACACUCUGAAAAAUAAAGGUUCUUUAUAUUUAUUAAUUAGAUAUAAAGAACCUUUACCAUCUGUGGAACAUUUCCAUUGCACAAAAGGUUCUUCAG